UUGACCUAUCUUUGUGCAAUUUUGCAUAAUACCGACAGAUCAAACGAGAUCUGCCUGUGCAAGAUGACGAGAUGAACAACAAAAGUUGGGAGGAAAAUCGCUGAAAAGGUCAUUCACAUCCCUGUUUCCUGUGACGAGUGUUUUACUUGGCAGUUUCCAUCUCUCUCGUCUCUUGCCUACGGCUCCACGACGGCGGCACUGCGGCAGUAGUCUGGCUUAAGCUGACCCUCCUUCGCCGUACCUCCGUCUGGACACCACGCAUCCCAAAACCCAUAAAAGGCUCGACACCGCCCAGACCGAGCCUUAAACACACAUCGUUUCCUCCCCGCCCCAUGGCCAUGGAUCCCUUCCCGCCGCCCGCCCCGGCGUCCACGGGAGACCCCCUCGCCGUCAACAUUCCGCCCUCAUUGCCGUCGCCGUCCUCCCCACCCUCCUCGUCGCUCAACCUCUCCCCGUCCCUCCUCAUCAUCGCCGCGCUCCUCGCCUUCGUCUUCUUCGCCUCCGUCUCAAUCCACUUCCUCCUCCGCUGCCUCUCGCGGUCCCCUUCGGCUCCAGGUCUUCUCCCCAGGGCCGUCCACCGCGCCGCCUCCUCCUCCAACUCCGACGAUGGUGCCGAGGCGACCACCACCGCUGCUGCUGCUGCUUCCUCGGCGAGACCCGCGGCGGCGACGGCGAGCGAGGAGGUGGUCGACGACGAGAAGGAGCGGCUGAUCGCGUCGCUGCCGCUGUUCACGAUGGCGUCGGCGCUAGCGGCGCUCCCCAAGAGCUCCCCCGACUGCGCCGUCUGCCUGUCCCCGUUCCUGGCCGACGCCGAGCUCCGGCUGCUCCCGGCGUGCCGCCACGCGUUCCACGCCGCCUGCGUCGACGCCUGGCUCCGCACCACCCCGUCCUGCCCGCUCUGCCGCGCCGCCAUCUCGCUCCCGCACCCGCCCCUCCCCACCGCCGCCGCCGCCGCCGGGGCCGGGGCCGGGCUGCAGGAGCCUCUCGACUCGAGGAGCAGCACCAACUCCAGGAGCUUCCGCGUCGAGAUCGGGAGCAUCAGCAACCGGCGCUCGUCCGCCGCGGGGGGCGACGACCACCGCCGCACCUACUCUCUCGGCUCCUUCGACUACCGCGUCGACGAGGAGGUGGAGGCCGUCGUGUCCCGCAUCAUCUCGCGCCCCACAUCGGCGGCGGCGGCCAAGUCGACGGCCGGGGCGGCGCCGCAAGGCCCGGGCGACGCGCUGGCGGAGGCGGCGGGGUCGCGGGGCUGGCUCCGGGAUUACGUCGACCGGCUGGCCUCCUCGGCGUCGUCCCUCUCCGGGCGGUGGAGCGCGCGGUGGAGCCAGAGCCACCACAGCGCUCACCGGCAGGAGGAACCGUGGCAGUGGGAUCCGGAGGCGGCGGCGGCGGCCAUGUCGUCAGCGCCGCGGGCGGCGGACGAGGACGACGCGGCGGGGUUAAUGGGCCUGUACCGUUGGAUCGUAGGCGUAUAGAAAAAAGGUCCAAAAACAAAUCCCUCUGAAUUUCGGGCCUCGCGAAGUUUCUUUUUGUCAACUUCCAUAUUAUUUUAGGACUCCACUGUAAAAAUAGAAGCAAAUUGGCUCCCUCCAGGUGAGUCUAAAACUCUAGAAAGCCUUCCGUCGUCGUCGUCUCCC